AAUGCUCUCGUCCUCCCUCGUAAUUUAAAAACCUCGUGGGCUCUUGGGUUCAUCAUUUCCGACGUGGCUUUUUCAGCACAUGCACCAAACUACCGGGUAUCUCUUUUGUUUACGCUUCCAGCUAAACAUUGAAACAACGCGAGCAGAUAGGUAGUCCAAGUAGGCAGGUAGCUCCCACCCAAGACGUAAGAGGUGUUCCAGUCACCACCUGGGCAGGCUCUCUCCUACCUAUGCACGUUGUCCCGCCUCGUUUUCGAACGGCUCGAACGGCUCUCGUGCGCUGGCAUGAACAGGUAGGCAGAUAUAUUUGCCAUCAGCGUCGUGCAUCGCGUCUCAGCCACCAUGGACCCCCAUUCGCAGGACUCGAGUGUCACAGACUCGCAGUCGCCCACCGAUACCCGACGACCCUCAACCAGGCGCGACGCCCCAGAGAGAGAGGGUGUGUUGCCCGAAAGUGUGCCGUCUAGCGAUGCUCUGAGGCGGAGAUCCGAGCAAUCAUACGGCACCCUUCAGAGCCCUCCUCCGCCUUCAGCCUCUUCUCAGUAUAUAGGCGACCUUUCCGCUCAUGACCGCUCCCACACCAGGGCUAGUCACCAGCCGCUGCGCUCCCCUAUGCUAGGCCCCGACCGAGGCAGACAGCGUCCCAGAAAACCUCCCAUGACCCGUCGCACCUCGUCCAGCGCACAAGCUCCAUAUAGGGGUGAGAUUUUUUCGACCGAUGAUGACAUACGAGAGGUAGAGAACGAUGCAGCUGGGAGGCAAGCAUACAACGUCGACUCGACUCGACAAACUUCAACCAUGCGUAGGCGAACAAUGGCCCCCCCUGCCCUUUCCCGUGUACAAUCGAGUCGCAGCACCGCACCGGAGGAUGCAGGUAUAGACGAACGCCUAGAAGACGGCGCGAGAAGUCCUACUCAAGUCCAGCCUCACGAAGAAGCUGUCAUACAAGAUUCACCCCCUGACGAAGAAACCCCUGAAGACGAAGAGGAUGAUGAUAUAAGCGAUGCUGAGAGUUUCACGCUCAAAGAUCGCCAGCAAGCCAUCAACGAAACGCAUCCGUUUGGUAUCAGGAUCUGGAAGCCUGCGCUAUACAAGAAAAAUCGAUCGGUACAAAAGACGGCCGAGGUCGACAUCCAUUCUUCCCCAGGUGGCCAUGUUAGUAGCUGGUUACUCUUCUUCAACAUUCUCUGGACCUUACUGUUUGGUUGGUGGAUGGCCUCGUUUGCGGCGUUUGGUGCUGUUAUCUGUUUUAUCUUCGCUGCCGCCCCUAGUGGGAGAGAGUAUGGACGAGUGUUAUGGGGCUUGGCUGGUUAUCUGUUCUAUCCCUUUGGCAAAUUUGUUCGUCUUGAACAGGACGAGGCCUACCUGGAUGAAGACCAAGGCGAGGGGCGCAGUAUCAGUGAGUACGAACAGUGGCAGAGCGGAGACCUUGAGUAUGGCCGGCUCUUUUUUGGUCCCGAAUCCCGGAAUCGAUCCAUCGUUGGUCGUUCAAGGAGGAGUAUAGAUUCUGAACCCAGCGAGACGGACAGUCUGCUCGGGCGCUCUGUUCGUCACGGCUUAAUUGAUGCGGAGGAAACAGGCCGUCGCCUGAAAAGGCGUCUGUUCGGCCGAGGGGAGUGGAACAUCGGACGAGUCAUAUUCUUUAUCGUCUUCUGGGGACUCAUCACUCCCUCUCUGCUCAUCGCAUCCGCCAUAUGCUGGCUCUUGGUGUUCUGGAUCCCCAUGGGGAAGGUCACCAACCUUCUCUUUGAUCAUCUGAGGAGACAUCCGCUAGCAUUAUCCUUCGAGUCCGAUAUCACGACAGCGAGAGUUUCAGACGGGCCUCACUCCUCGAUUCUACUCUGCACCUACCGCGCUGUGGGGUCUAAAUAUUGGAAGUAUACUAUCGAUGGUACCAAUAUCUUCCUUAUCAACCUUAUGGCCGUGGUCUUUUUCGUCAUCUUUGAUUGGCUAGUAUUGGAACGUGUUUUAGGAAUUGAGAGCUUCAUAACAUCGCCUGGUUUCCUCUUUGUCGCUGCCUUGUUCUCCAUCAUUCCCCUCGCCUACUUUAUUGGACAAGCCGUGGCUUCGAUUUCAGCGCAGUCCUCCAUGGGUCUAGGUGCCGCUAUCAACGCUCUCUUCUCGACAAUUGUUGAAGUCUUCCUCUACUGCAUUGCGUUGAAGGAUGGUAAAGGCCAAUUGGUUGAGGGUAGCAUCAUCGGAAGCAUUUUCGCGGGUAUCCUCUUCUUACCUGGGCUAUCUAUGUGCUUUGGUGCCAUCAAGCGCAAGACUCAGCGCUUCAACGCCAGAUCAGCCGGAGUGACAUCUACUAUGUUGUUAUUCGCGGUAGUUGCUGCCUUUGGGCCAACACUGUUUUACCAAAUCUAUGGAACACAUGAGCUUCGAUGUCAGAGCUGUACUGACUUCUGGAAACACACGGGUGUAGAACGUGAGCGGGAGCGGGAUUGCCGCCGUUGCUACUAUUCCCAGAGGCCAGCACUAGAUGAUCGUUUCUAUAUCGAGUCUGUUCGUCCCUACUGCUACUUGGCGGCUGCUCUUCUGUUCUGUUCCUAUAUAAUCGGUUUAUGGUUCACUCUUCGAACACACGCAGCAGUCAUCUGGAACAGUGAAAGCGACGAGAAAAAGCAGGAUGAGCAUCAUCACUUACUAGCUGCUCGUAUCUCUGAUGCGCGUCACGCUGUCGAUGCAAGUGGUACCGAUAUACAGAAUAGUACACUAUACAAACGGAUUCUCGGCCAAUCUCUAAAACAAGUUGGUCUUCCAGGAGAUCCAGACAGCCAUCAUUCGCGCCAACCGUCAGGGCCGGGCUCUAUUCCGCCGAACGGAGCUGCUCAAACCGCGCACAUGGUCCCCCCCAAAAGUAGUGGUAGUGGGUCGGACAGCAUCCGGUCCCAUGUCCAGAUUCCUGGCUUCUCAGAUGCUGAGAAUAACAACUUAAUCCGUGGUGUGACUGAACUCGCUGCCACUGCGGCCGCUAUUGCCGCCCGCGAUGCACGAGGUUCACGUCGUAUCUCUCACCAGACAUCAGGUGUGGGCGCCAGCUCAUCGGCGGCGCGGCCCACGCCUCUGCGCUCGAGCACUUUCCCUGAUAUGGAAGACGCUGCAGAACACGCCCAGGCUUCCCACGGAGGACACGAUGCUCCGAACUGGGGUAGAAUGAAGAGUUCGAUCAUUUUGAUGGGUGCCACCGUACUAUAUGCCAUUGUUGCCGAGAUAUUGGUUGACACAGUGGACGUGGUAUUAGAUAAUUAUGCCAUUGAUCCUAAGUUUCUGGGAAUUACGCUGUUCGCUUUGGUUCCAAACACAACCGAGUUCCUGAACGCUAUUUCAUUCGCAAUGAAUGGAAACAUCGCUCUCUCUAUGGAAAUCGGUUCCGCAUACGCUCUUCAGGUCUGCCUACUCCAGAUACCCGCCUUGGUCCUCUUCUCGGCUGUGUUCCCCUUCCAGCCUUCAGGGGAUCAACAGGAUCCCAUCCACUGGACCUUCAGCCUACUCUUCCCCCAGUGGGAUAUGGUGACUGUGAUUCUAUGUGUCUUCCUCCUGAGUUACAUGUAUGGCGAGGGAAAGAGCAACUAUUUUAAAGGUAGUAUCCUACUUUUGACAUACUUGGUCGUCGUCGUCGGUUUCUACUACUCUGAUUUCUCGGAAGGCGCUGCCGACCUAGAUACAUCUCGUUUCGAUACUCUCGGAUCAAAUGGCGUAUGGAAGACGUAUAAAACGGUUGGACGAGGAGCUAAUGCGCCAAUGUACGAAGUCGGUGUGGAUAUCUGAGCUGUUCUGUCGUAUAUAUGAUUCUCUCUGUCCUCUGAACUUGACAAGCACGAGGGCUAUCUUAUUGUCUGAG